CUCUUUAUAAAACGUAAAUGUAUUACACGUUAAGAGCUCGCAAAUAGAGGAAUAGGCAUGCAUUCAUUUGACUGAAGUUCAGCUACAAUGUUUGACACAUAGCUAUCUUCAAAAUUCGUUAUAGAAGAUGGUGCUUUAUAAAAGUUGUUAUAAAAUAAUAAUCAAAUGUUUUGUUUGGCAUUGAUAGGCGCUGCAGAAGGAACAAAAAAAUUAUUUUUUUGGAAUAUUUUAUGUUUCCAAAAUCAUCAAAUUUGAUAGAUACAUUAAAUCGCUAAUAAAUAAUCCAUAAAGCAUGGCUGCCUCAACCGAAACUGGUGUGCACUUGAACUCUAGAAGAAUGUCCACCAAAUUUAAAAGUUUUUCAGCCCGACUUACUAGAAAAAAAUAUACUGACACAAAUGUCUUAGAAACUAAUUUACGCCGAUGUCUCAACACAGCAGAUAUCACUCUUCUAGCCGUUGGUCACAUGGUUGGAUCUGGUGUCUAUGUUCUAACUGCAACUGUGUCCAAAAAUAUUGCAGGUCCGGCGAUAAUCUUAGCUUUCUUGCUCAGUGGAUUUGCUUCAUUUUUAGCUGCUUUGUGUUACGCUGAACUUGGAGUUAGAUAUCCAAGAUCUGGAUCUGCAUAUUCAUAUACGUAUUUAGCCCUUGGAGAACUAUGGGCUUUUCUAGUCGGUUGGAAUGUAGCACUGGAACAUGUCAUAGGUGCAGCUGCUACAGCUAGAUCAUGCAGUGCUUACAUAGACUCUUUAACUGGAGGUCGAAUCAAAAAUGGAACAAUAACAUUUAUUGGUGAAAUCAACCAACCAUAUAUGGCAGAAUACUUAGAUUUCCUAGCAUUAGGAAUUUUAACUUUAUUUGUGAUAUAUUUGUCAUUUGGGGUUAGAAUGACUUCACAUUUAAAUAACGUGUUCACAUACGUAAACUUAUGUGUUAUACUUAUUAUAAUCGGUGUAGGAGCAUACUUUGCUGAUACGGCGAAUUGGACUAAUCCAGAAAGAGGAGGAUUCCUGCCGUAUGGUUUUUCGGGAGUUCUUGCUGCAGCUGCUUCAUGCUUCUAUGCUUACGUGGGAUUUGAUGCAAUCGCCUCAUCGGGGGAGGAAGUAAAAAAUCCACAGAAAUCUAUACCCAAAGCAACUAUGUUUUCAAUGGCUAUUGCUACUAUUGCUUACGUUGGAGUAUCUACUGUAUUAACUCUGAUGGUUAACUACAAGGAUAUUGUCGAAGACUCUGGAUUACCGGAAGCUUUAGCUUAUCAUGGCGCACAUUGGGCAAAAAUAGUAGUGAUUGUAGGAGCUGUUAGUGGUAUGGCUACUGCAAUAAUUGGAAGCCUCUUUGCCCUAACCAGAGUAACAUAUGUUAUGGCAGAUGAUGGACUUUUGUUUGCUUUUUGUGCAAAUGUUAACUCGAAAACCAAAAUCCCCUUAACAGCAAUGUAUAUUUUCUCUUCCCUGUCCGGCAUCCUUACAUUAGUUUUUGACAUCAGUAUUUUAGUAGAAAUGCUUUCGAUUGGAACCUUGUUUGCUUACUUAGUUGUUAGUGCUUCAGUCAUAGUCCUUAGAUACAAACCAGCCGCUGAACUAAAGACAAAUUGGCAAGAACUCAGCCCAAUUGGAGGUGAUAAAAGCAAAGAAAUACAGGUGGUAGAGGCUGUAGAUCCUGCAGGACAAUUAAAAAGCCAGUUCAGAAAACUACAGGCUUUCAUUGACUGGCACCCGGGGAAGCUUGUUCUUAUGUGCUUGACAAGCUAUGUAGUGUUCACAUUUCUGCUGUGUGGAUUUGUGAGAGUGUGUUAUGUCAGCAUAAUUGAGGGUGCUUGGUGGUCUAUUUGUAUAGUGGUCAUUCUACUCUGUGGUUUUGCAAUAUCAUUCAUUCUGAUAAUGCUUCAUGAACAAUCCUCAUUACAUAUUAAUUAUAAGGUACCUCUGGUUCCUUUGAUUCCGGCAUUAAGCAUUUUUUUCAAUGUGCUCCUUUUAGUAAAUCUUCAAGCUGCCACGUGGUUGAGAUUAUUAGUUUGGGUAAUUGUAGGUUUGUCAAUAUACUUUGCAUACGGCAUUUCCCAUAGCAAACUUAACGCUACUUCGUCGACAUCCAAGUUAAAUGCCUCACAGCCAACAAUAUCAGAGUUAAUAAAAUGAUUCGAAAGUUUUGAUGACUGAAAAAGAAAAAAAUCUCAGAACAAGCCAAUAUCCUGUCCAAAGAAGGUUUUCUAUAGAUAAUACUAAUCUACAUUGAUACAUAUCAUUAAAUAAUGUAAUUCUAAAUUUUUCCUCUCACAUAAUGAAGUGUGUUAAGCAAAAACUCAUAUUUAUUAUUAUUAUUUUUUAUAUGCAUAAAUUGAAUUAAUCUACUCAAGAUAUUAAUAACAUGAACUCAAGAAAGUAGAGAAAAAAUGAUCAAGUAGUAAUGCAUUACUACCCUCGCUGUUUUAAAUUUUGCAAAAAAAAAUUUUGAUUUUCGAGUUUUUGGCAAUUUUUUAUACUUUAAAAAAUUUAGACGAUAGAGGGUGGAUUCAGCACACAUCCACAACAGAACGUCUGUCCUUUUUUUUUUUUAGAAAGAAGAAAAGACAAGAAAUAAAGGCUUUACUUUAUUAGCUUGGGGGGGGGGAUAGCUUUUUACACCUUUUUGAAUAGUAACUGAUUUUUUUUUCUAAACAUUAAAGCAAUAUUUUGUUA